AUGACAACUAUUGGUGUUAUUCAUUCACAAGAUUUAAGUCCAGACGAAUUGGCAUCAGCAAUAUGGAUCAUCAAGCAGUACAGUCUACCAGUUCCCAUGGAUCAAACUCUAUGUGGUACGACCGAAUUUAGUUGUGCUGGAGGACACAUAACCAAGAUUUCAAAUAUGCCAGGUACGACGACUACCAAUGGUCUACCAGAUCCAAACCUAAGACUCACCUUUCCAGCAGUAGAGCUGAUAGCGGUGAAUCAAAACCCAUUUUUCAGUGUAGCUGAUCCCGCCUUGUCUCUUUAUGAUCAACUACCAACAUGUUGUCCUAGCCUUACAACUAUUGCAAUGAUGUCAGAUCCUUCUCUACAGAAUUUUCCAAACAAUUUUGAUUUGAUUGCGCCAAGCACUCUACUACUUGCCACUUUUUCUCUUACAGGUAGAACGACUAUUACAUUCCCAAGUCACCCAUUGGUGUCUCAGAUGCAACUCUUUGCCGACGGUAAUGCUACAGAGUUUAUUAUUGAUGACUCUGUUCGACUUCCAAAAUUGGCAAUGUUGGGGUUCGGGCAGUACACAGGUUCUAGUCUUCGUUCUAUCGGAAACUUUACUGCCAAAUCUUUCCCAUCUCUUACAUUUUUAUACCCAUUUCUUCUUUGGACAACACCUCCAAUCAAUCUCAAUCUUGACCUCCCUAGUCUAACUUCCUUAGAGUUUUCUGAUAAUCCCCAAUCACCCAAUACAAACAUUCGUUUCGCCAAUACAUCGAGUCUAAACAGUUUAACAUUUUAUGGAGGCGAUAUAACGUUUGAACCAGGUCUUGAUCAAUUCCCAAAUCUAAAAUCAGUUACAUCGCAUAGAUAUAAUAGUAGUCGAUAUCCAUUUUUGACAGGGUAUCCACCCAGUAUUGAAACUAUAAGUUUCAUAGCUACACCAAUCAAUACAAUACCUGCUAUUACCAUUCCUUCAACCGCCACUAUUUUUGAUUUCUCAAGUAAUCAAAUCGCAAUGCCAAUUGAUUUCGAUACAGUAUUGAAAAACAUGACUGGAAAUUUGGGUUUGAAUCUUAGAUCAAAUGUUGCAUUUCAAGGACCACUAGACCAAGAAAAAUCACUAUGCAGGUUAAAGUUAUUGUAUAUGAGCGGUACUUCUAUAACCUCUGUACCAGAUUGCUUUUGGUGUUAUGUAAAUGAAGCUGCCAUGAGAUUUUCUGCACCUCAUUUAUCAAUCCCACCUGGAUUUACAUGUCAAAUCACGUUUGAAGACACCAAUCUAAUCAGCAUUUUCAAACGGGCCAUCAUCAAGGGCACAAAUUUGGGCUGGGGUCAGAGUGGAGGAGUCCUUUUCUCCACAAUUGUUCCAAAUGAACAAUUAGAGGCUAUCAUCCCUGCGCUUCUCACAGACGGACCACCUCAAUUAAUCAACAUUCCGUUUAGUGUAUAUUAUCCACUAUACACAUACCCGUUCAAUGUGACAGAGGCUGGAUUCAAUGUAUCGUCUAUCGACUUUAAGCAAAUACCAAACCAAUUGGCCAUCAUUACAGUCGUGUUUGCACCAGUAAACACAUACUUGUCUCAUAAUGUAUCAAUCGACGGAGUAUUGGCAACACCAAACUCAAGAGUUGCAAAUACCUAUCAAUUUGAAAUCCCAAACCUUUCAAAUGGUAGUUAUGAUGUUAGAAUUUUCAAUAAUUAUUAUUCUACCAUUAUGAAACAAGUUGCAUAUAUACAAUCAUACCCAAUUGUAGAUAAUUUUGUAUCAACUUCUCAAUAUGUUGUGACUGGAAGCAUAUUACAAUUUAAUGGAAAUUUUGGAACAGCUCUUCUCAGUUCAUCGAUUAUCAUUCAGAAUAAUAAUAGUCAAUACAACUUUACUGUAUGUUCAACGACCCAGUUUUUAUCAACCAGAAUUUCAUGUAUUACAUUAUCACCAAUUUCAAGUGGUCUUGCUACUUUUAAUAUUACUGUCGAUGGGUAUUCUAUUAUCGAGCAAUACACCAUACAAUCAGCUCAACAACAAUGUGAGAGCGAUACUAAUCAUUGUGGUAAUAAUGGUGUCUGUACACCUGAUGGUAGUUGUAAUUGUAAUGUCAAUCAAGGUUCCUAUUAUAAUGAUUGUUCAAAACCAUUCCCAUUUGCAACAAGUGGUCAAGUGAAUGAUCAAAAUUCAACCCAACGAUCUAUUAGUUUAUUUGGUGAUUUUGGACCAUUUGGGUUGACAAACUCAUCGGUUACAAUCAACAACACUAUGAAUUGUAUUAUCGAUCAAUUGGAAUCGACUCAAUUCCAAAUCAAUUGUCAACUUGUUUCAUCACCAACCACAUUUGGUCCUGCUUCUGUUCAAUUGAAUGUCAAUGGAUCAUUAUUUGAUAGUAAAACAUAUCUCAUUCGAUUCAUCAAACCAGGAGGAGGAUCAACUACUACAUCUCCAACAACAACAACCUCUUCUGCAACAACAGGAGGAAAUACAAAAACACCUCAAGAAAUAUGUGAAGAGACCACCCAAUCAUGUUUUGGUCAUGGUUAUUGUGAUGAAAAUGGAAUAUGUCAAUGUGAGGAUAAAUAUAAUCCAGUUGAUAAUUGUUUGACUAAAUUUGCAGACAAUACAACCUAUAUUCCCAAUCCAGAAUCACCAUCAACAAAUAUUAGUGUGGACGGAGUUGAAUUUGGAUUUGAUAUUGUUGCCAUUCAAGAAAUAGGAUUGGAUAAUGAAAUUGUCAAGGAGCUAUUGACAAAUAGUUGGUUAUCAAAUAUUACUAUCAAUAGUUCAUUGACCAAUGCUGUCUAUCAACUAGUGAUCUCCAAUACAAGUAUCCUCUUCGCCAAUACUACUACUCAAGUGACAGUCAAUAUGUCAUUCUCACAACAAUCAAGAACCGUGGAAUUUGGCAACCAACAAUUAUUGAUCAAUUCUAAUUCAAUUAAAAUGGCAGUAUCUAUCAACGGUUGGGAAUACUCUUCCAAUGUAGCAACACUAAGAGUAGUUAUAAAGACAACAACCAACAAUCAACAAUCAAUCGAAUAUGAUUGCAAAGAGACAGACAUUGAAUCAUUCUCAUACGAUGAUUAUGGAACACUCCAAUACCUCAGAGUACUCAAAGACAAUGUUCAAUUCAACGGUAGAUUCAUUGAUUUUGCUUUGGCAGAUGGCCGAACAACCUAUUCACAAACCCUACUCAUCAAUCAAACCCAGAUCAGUUCCAAUCAAUCAACAGCAAUGAUAGGUAUCAGUCUACCUCAAUGUCAAACAUGUAUACUCGAUCCAGAUUUCACACCACUGUUGGUAGUCAAUGAUAAAGCUGGUGGUGAUUGUUCAUCAUCAGAUGACAACAAAUGGAAGAUUAUUGUUGGAUGUGUUGUAGGUGGUAUCGGUAUAGUGGCCAUCGCAAUAGCAAGUGUAAUUUACGCAAAAAUGAAAAUCAAACACAAGAGACACAACAAGAAAAUGGAAUCUAAAUUAAGAGAAUUCAAUUAA